AUGGAAGCAGCAGGAGACCAACCCACGGCCAUGCUGGAGGAAUUUCUCCAGCGAACUCUGGCUCGUAUGGAUCUUCAGGACCAGUCGAUCAACGAAAUGCGAAAGGCCGUCCAGUCAAUGGUGACGAAGGUGUCCGAGCUCUCUCAGCGUUCCUCUCAUCCUUCGCUUCCCACUGCGCCACCCACACCACCCGCACCAUCUUCUCCUCCAGGGGGUGGUUUUCAUCCGGAGCCCGGAUUACCGAUCCCUGAGGAAUACUCCGGUGAGCCAAAUUAUUUCCGUACAUUUCUGUCUCACUGUUCUCUGCACUUCGCUCAACAGCCCCGAUCGUUUUUCCUUGAGGAAACCAAGGUGGCGUUUACUCUCUCCCUACUGAAGGGCAAGGCUGCCCUCUGGGGGACGGCGGUGUGGGAGAACAACGACGCCUGCUGUUCUUCGUUCACCCUCUUAUCUGAGGAAAUGAAGAGGGUGUUCGAUCGCUCCGUCGCCGGGAGAGAAGCUGCUCGCCUCCUUACCGAGCUCAGACAGGAGAACCGAACGGUAUCCGACUACGCUAUCGAGUUCCGGACCCUGGCGGCGGAGUGUAAGUGGAACGAGGAGGCGCAGUGGGAUCAUUUCCUGCAUGGGCUUGCGGAUCGCAUCCAGCGGGAGAUCGUCACUUCAGAACUACCCACAUCUCUCAACGGGCUGGUGGAUCUGGCUAUCCGGGUCGACGCUAGGCUGACCGUAGCGGACCGUAGACGGAGACCUACCAGCAUACAGCGCCGACCUGAGUCGUCCAGCCCUCCCAGAAAGACGCCUAGCAACGUUCUCCCCGAUCCUGAGCCCAUGCAGGUGGGUAGAGCUCGGCUUUCCCGGGAGGAGAGGAACCGGCGGAGAUCCCUUGGUCUUUGUUUGUACUGUGGCGAGACGGGUCAUAACUGCCAGAGAUGUCAGUCACACACCGACCACGCACUACUGGACUCCGGGGCAGAGGGGAAUUUCAUUGACUCUUCACUUGCACGUAAGCUACAAAUCCCGGUCAUCCCACUCACUCACCAGAUUGCACCAUUUGCUCUCAAUGGACAUGAAUUACCCACCAUCAGUCACACCACUGCCCCCAUCACUCUUAUCACCUCAGGCAACCAUACCGAGAAGAUCUCCUUUUUUGUUACAGACAUCUCACUCUCUCCCAUCGUCCUUGGUCAUCCCUGGCUCCAUACCCAUAACCCUAAGGUCGACUGGAGACUGGGCUCAGUCACCAGCUGGAGCGAGGAGUGUCAUAACAUCCUACACAUUUUCAGUUUAAGCCUGAUGCAGAUCAAUACUGUCAAUGUCCGCAGAGCUGAAGAGAAGAAACUAGUGGACUUUAUUGUGAAGUUACAGGGAUCUGAGGAACAUUUGGUGGGUGUACUCAAUGGGAAGCCAUCUAAGUGGUUAUGUAAGGUAACUUCUUCCCGGGUGCCUGUCUACCUCGACAUUGAGGAACAGCAGGACAUCUUGUUCUCAUAUUUGAGAGGAUUGCUACAUAGGAUACCAACACAAUUGAGUGUUAAAGAUGAAUGGCAGUUCAUCUGUGAUGUUCUUUUUCCAGAGGCCAUCAUAAAUGCCCUGGCUGUCCUCCGGGAUAUCUCCUUACAGGGGGCUGAGCAGGUCUUCCUUUCUGGUCCAAAUUAUCAUUGCAGCAAACCAUCAGAACACCGUCGGGUUUUAUGGCCUGCUGCAAACAAGGAGGCCGAGUGGCAGCAGUUUGAUGAGGAUGUUGAGGCAACUCUAGAUGCAUCAUGCAGAGGAGAAGUUGAUCAGCGCCUGCAGUUGAUGAGUACACUAAUCAUCACCAUAGGCGCAGAGAGAUUUGGCAUCAAAGUACCGAAGGCUCAGAACAUCGCUAGACCAAACCGGAGAGAGACCAAGAUCUCCCAGCUCAGGAAAGAGCUGAAGGCCCUAAACCGUCAGUAUAAGAGAGCAAGCGAGGAGGAAAAGCCAGCUCUGACAGAGCUCAGAGACAUCCUGAGGCAGAAACUGAUCUCUCUACGGCGGGCUGAGAGGCACAGGAGGAGAGGCAGAGAGAGAGCUCGCAAACGAAUGGCCUUCAUUGCAAAUCCCUUUAGCUUUGUUAAGCAGCUGCUGGGGCAGAAACGGAGUGGGACCCUGCAAUGCCCAAAGGAGGAGGUCAAUCAGUACCUCAGUGAUAAGUACAGUGACAGCAGGAGAGAGGAGAAUCUGCCCACCUGCAGAGAGUUACCCACACCACCAGAACCCUCUUUCCAGUUUAACAUCAAGGAGCCCACUUUGGCAGAGGUCAGGGACAUCGUGCGAACUGCACGUACCAGCGCAGCUCCGGGACCAAGUGGAGUGCCAUAUAAAGUCUAUAAGUAUUGCCCGAGACUCUUGGAGAGGCUGUGGAGACUCAUCAGGGUAGUGUGGCGAAGAGGGAAGGUGGCCCAGCAAUGGCGUCAUGCAGAGGGUAUUUGGAUACCAAAGGAGGAGAAUGCAAAUGACAUCACGCAGUUCCGCACCAUCUCUCUACUCAGUGUGGAAGGCAAAAUCUUUUUCAAGAUUCUUUCCAACAGGUUAUCUGAGUAUCUCAUGAGGAAUUCCUACAUAGACACCUCAGUGCAGAAGGGCGGAGUCCCAGGUAUGCCGGGCUGUUUGGAACAUACAGGAGUGAUCACCCAAUUGAUCCGGGAGGCGAGGGAAAAUCGAGGAGACCUAGCAGUCCUCUGGCUUGACCUAGCCGACGCCUAUGGAUCAAUUCCACACAAGCUGGUGACAACAGCUCUGUCGAUACACCAUAUUCCUGAGAAGAUUACAGAACUCAUAAGGGACUACUACAGUAGUUUCAGCCUGAGAUUCACCUCUGGAACAGUAACAUCUGCGGGCCACCGCUUAGAGAAGGGCAUUAUCACCGGCUGCACCAUAUCAGUGGUAUUAUUUGCCCUAGCGAUGAGCAUGUUGGUCAAGGCUGCUGAGGUGGAAUGCAGGGGCCCCCUGUCCAGAUCCGGCAUUCGCCAACCACCAAUUCGAGCCUACAUGGAUGAUCUGACGGUCACAUCAACAUCAGUGACAGGGUGUAGGUGGCUCCUCCGCGGUCUGGAAAGGAUUACGGCAUGGGCAAGAAUGAUGUUCAAGCCAGCCAAGUCCAGAUCCUUGGUCCUGAGGAAGGGGAGAGUGGAGGACAAACACCGCUUUUACGUGGAUGGAGUCAUUAUUCCAACAGUGUCAGAGAAGCCCGUGAAGAGCUUAGGGAAGAUCUUCGACAGCACCCUGAAGGACAAGGUAGCGGUAGAGGCAGCCCACAGGGAGCUGAAGUCUUGGCUAUCAGCGGUGGACAAGUCCGGCCUUCCAGGGAAGUUCAAGGCAUGGAUAUACCAGCAUGGUAUCCUGCCACGUCUCCUGUGGCCACUUCUGAUUUAUGAAGUCCCAGUUUCACUUGUGGAGGGCUUUGAACGUAACAUCAGCCAAUACCUGCGUAGAUGGCUGGGUCUGCCGAAGAGCCUGAGCAGCAUUGCUCUGUAUGGGCACAACAACAGGUUGCAGCUGCCUUUCACUGGCCUGACCGAGGAGUUUAAAGUCACAAGAGCCAGGGAGGUGUUGCUGUACAGAGACUCUGCUGACAACAGAGUCGCUACCGCUGGCAUCACAGUCAGAACCGGGAGGAAAUGGCGAGCACAAGAAGCAGUCGACCAGGCAGAGGCGAGACUGAGACAUAGCGUCUUAGUUGGCUCUGUGGCAGUGGGAAGAGCUGGUCUAGGUAGUCACACUAGACCACGGUACGACAAAGCCCAAGGACGAGAGAGACGCCAGAUGGUGCAGAGAGAGAUUCGUGCUGAGGUGGAGGAGGAGCGCCUAAGUAAGACUGUGGCAAUGCGCCAACAAGGGGCCUGGGUCAAUUGGGAUCAUGCGGCUGUCAGGAGGAUCACCUGGACAGAACUAUGGAAGUCUGAACCCGCAAGACUUAAGUUCCUGAUUCAGUCGGUGUAUGAUGUCCUCCCAAGUCCAUCUAACCUACAUACCUGGGGCCUAGCAGAAACACCAGCAUGCCCCCUGUGCCCGGCUCUUGGUUCCUUGGAGCACAUCCUGAGUUGCUGCCCUAAAGCACUAGGAGAGGGGAGGUACACGUGGCGCCAUAACCAGGUGCUGAAGGUAGUAGCGGACACCAUUUGCACCACAAUCCAGGAGUCUAAACACCUAGUCCCAGUGAAGCACAACAUCUCCUUUGUUAGGGCAGGGGAGAAACCUCAGGGAGUGCGUAAGGCCUCAACUGGACUGCUAGCCACGGCCCGAGAUUGGAAGCUGCAUGCUGACCUGGGGAGGCAGUUAAAGUUUCCAGAGCACAUAGCAAGGACGUCACAGAGGCCAGACCUGGUCUUAACAUCUGACUCAACAAAGCAAGUUGUGCUAAUGGAGCUUACUGUCCCCUGGGAGGAUAGGAUGGAGGAGGCUUUCGAAAGGAAGAAGGCCAAAUAUCUGGAGUUGGUUCAAGCAUGCAGAGAGAGUGGAUGGAGGGCCCGCUGUGAGCCAAUUGAAGUGGGCUGCAGGGGCUUUCUAAGUCAAUCUGUGCAUCGGGCUUUCAGGCUCCUUGGCAUUAGAGGGUUGCGUGAAAGAAGAGCCACUAAAAACAUCAGUGAGGCUGCCGAAAAAGCCUCAAGGUGGUUGUGGAUCAAAAGGGGAGAAGUAUGGAGUAGCACGCUGCCUGGACACAAACCAGGGCCUGAUCAACCCUGGUUGGGUCGCCCAGGUGAGGGUGUAUGAAGAUCAAAGACCCGAAACACCCUAUGACCCUGGGUCCUUCACUGAAGAUGUGUCCAAGCUGCACCCUUUAAGGUGUUUUCA